UUUCCUUCCUCCUGCCGAUAGAUUCUAUUCGCUACACUUUCAAGCACGAUCACCGUCUAUUGUACUUACUUACUUACUUACUUACUUACUUACUAUCAACGAUUUAAAAUUGUAAAGAUGGAUGUAAAAUUUCAAAAUGGCGCCACGUAGGAAAAGCAUCAAAGCGUUACGAGGAUCGUUAAAUAAUAUUUUAGACAAGGAAAAUGAUUAUUUACGUUCUUUAAGUGAUUAUCAGACACGUGUUCGAAGGCGAGAAAGUAUUAGAAACUGCAAAAAUAUACCGGAAUAUGAUUUACAACGAAAAAUUGAAUUGGAAGUUAAAAUAAAAGAAGGCUCUUUAAGGUUAUUGGCUGCUGCGCAGCAUCCCGGUCAAAGUUUAGAAGCGGCACGUGCUUUGUUCACUUCGAAUGAAAGAAUGUCUACCUACAUGACUGAACUAAAACAUCGUGGAGAAAACGCAUCAUUGAAAACCAACAUUUCCGACGGGAACAACGGGAAACUGUUCAUUUCGGAUCUUAGAUUUCCGCUGAUGUGGAGAGAUUCCGAUCAUUUCAAAAAUCGUGGCGAUCAUAGAAGAUUCGCUGUUUUCUGUUUAGCUCGUGUCGGUGCCGAAAUUCAAGAUACCAGUUUGCUUUAUCCGGUUGAUAGAGAACAAACGGACAUAAGCUUUCCUGACGUCUUAUUAUUUAAUAACGUAUCAGCCGAGUUCCAGUUGACCCUGGAAAUUUAUAGUCAUAUGCUGCAAGAAGACCUAAGUAUCGCCAGUACUCGAAGAAAAAUCAAAAGGACUAUUCAUUCCUCGAUAUCAAAGACUGUAGGCAGAAAGUUCGUGGCAUCUCUACGCGAUGAAAACGAUUCUAGCAAAACACCGCAAUUCGAUUUACCGGCUUAUGCAAACAUGACCCUCGACGAUACUGACGGGAAUGUACGUUCACACGAUUUAACGUUGAACAAUAAAGUUGGAAAUAAAGCUCAUACAUUGCCACUUUUCGGACACUUUUGUUGUCGUUUAGCCAUUCAGCCGAAUUUUAUUGAUAAAGAAACUUUGGAUGGGUUCGUAAUUGUAAAUAAUCGACGUUAUUGGGCACGAUUACGAGGAUUUCAAAUCGAAAGUUGGAAAUCAAAGAAGUUGGUGGAAAAGUUGGAAAAACCUACUUGUACAAUCUCUGUGAACAGGGAAACUCUUGUACGACGAUCGAAAUCGGUAAACAAUCAGUUACGGAUAAUUAAUAACACGGACAAUAUCGAGAAACGUGACGUUAUGGAAUUCGAUUCAAACGAAGAUCUGCAACGAUGGUUCGAUCAAUUGACGAUGCGUAUAGGGGAGCACUCAAGGUGGAAACAUGCCGCGAUAAACCUUCAACGAACUCCGUGCUCAGACAGUUUAACCAAACAUAUAAAUGUAAGAAAUUGUUUUACCGAUAACAAACGACAAGGAUCCAUCUAUGAUGAUACGCCGGUAAUAAGUAAUAUUUUUCAAGAAACCGCAAGGGAUUUUUAAAUAAACGUGAUAUUUUAAUAAU